AAGAUAAGACAGUUGUGCAGCCCUAUCUGUCAUGUCAUUUUCACACCUACCCCUAAAAGAAUUCCACAUGAAGAAACAUACAAAAUCCCCUAUUUCAAUCGAUCUUCUCCCUCGUAGAAAUCAUUAUUGAAUUUCAGGCGAGAAUCGAGAUGGGUGUUAGCAGAGUCACCACGCAAACCUUCACGACCCGAGUCACUCCGGCGAGGAUGUUCAAGGCCUUGAUUCUCGACUGCCACAACAUCUGCCCCAAACUCAUGUUCUCCUCCAUCAAAUCCAUCGAAUUCAUCCAAGGUGAAGAAGCCGAAGUCGGAACCAUCAGACAACUCAAUUUCACCGAAGAUCAUCCUUAUAAAUACGUGAAGCACCAGAUCGAUGCGAUCGACAAAGAGAAGUUCGUGUGCAAGUACAGGUUUAUUGAAGGCGAUGUGUUGUUGGACAAGCUUGAAUUUAUUACUUAUGAGAUAAAGUUUGAAGGGUAUGGAAGUGGAGGCUGUGUCUGCAAGAUGAAGAGCGAGUAUAUACCGAAAGAAGGUGUGGAGAUUCAAGAAGUGGAUGUGGAGCUUGGGAAGGAUAGAUCCAUUGGGAUGUAUGAGGUUGUGGAGGCUUAUCUGUUAGCACACCCUCAAAUAUAUUCUUGAACAAAAAAAAAAGGUGAUGAUUUUGAUUAUUGUAGGAGACGUUGUUCUUAUUAACAAUCAAUUAUGGAUAGGAUAUAUGGUCAGUGAGAUCAGAUAAUAACAAUCAAUUAUGGUGAUACAUGUUCAAAGAGAUCAGUAGACCAAUUAUUUGUAUAUUUUGGGGGGUUCCCUCCGACACUCAUAUAUGUGAUAUUUAAUAAAGAUUUUGAAUUUGAG